AUGGUGGUGGAUAAGGUGGCGUCGAGAGCAUACAUCGGGCAAUUUAGUGGCGAUGGCGACCUGUUUGUGGCUGGUUUCCAGGACCGUCGGAUCCGCGUGUACGAUGUGGAUCGAGGGUGGGCAUUGAGGAAGGAUGUGAUCGCUCGCAAUCUCCGGUGGACCAUCACCGACACUGCUCUCUCUCCCGACCAGCGAUUCCUGGUAUAUGCAUCCAUCACACCCAUCGUGCAUCUGGUGAACGUCGGCUAUGGGAGCGGGGAGGUUGAGUCGCUUGCCAAUGUCACUGACAUUCACGAGGAGUUGAACUUCACAGCAGUGGAGUCACGGCGCAGGGAGCGCAGUUUUGGCAUCUGGUCGCUGCAAUUCUCAUCCGACGGCCGGGAGCUCAUCGCAGGCAGCAGCGAUCGCUCGCUCUACGUGUUUGAUCUGGAGAGGAACCAACCGAUUCUCCGAGUGAAAGCGCACCAGGACGAUGUAAAUGCUGUGGCUUUUGCAGACGAGACCUCCCAACUCAUCUACUCCGGCAGUGACGACCGCAUCUGCAAGGUGUGGGACCGCCGGUUGUUAGACAACACCGAGCCCAUUGGCCCGUUGCGCCUCCUCGACCCCGUUGGACCUCCUCCCUUCAGUCACUCUGCUGGCGGAGCUGCUAGCGCUGCUGGUUCUGCUGCUGGUGGUGCUGUCCGUGCUGGCGCUGGUGCUGGUGCUGCUGGUGUUGCUAGUGGUGGUGGUGGCGGUGGUGGGGGGGAGAGGCAGGGGGUGGGGUGUCGGAACAAGCCAGUGGGAGUGCUGGUGGGGCACACAGAGGGUAUAACGCAUCUGGCUUCUAAAGGGGAUGCGCGAUGCUUCCUUACUAACGGCAAGGACCAGACGAUGAAGCUGUGGGAUAUCCGAGUCAUGAUGGACCAUGCUGCUUAUGAGGACCUCCCCCCUCCGCGAAUCCCCUUCUUCCAGUGGGACUAUCGCUGGAUGGACUACCCCGGCAGGGGCAUGAGGGUGGCCCACCCCAACGACCAGUCACUCAUGACCUACCGCAACCACCACGUGCUGCAGACGCUCAUCCGCUGCUACUUCUCCCCUCUGCACUCCACGGCUCAACGAUUCGUGUAUUCCGGGUCACACGAUGGUGCUGUCUACAUCUUUGACUUGUUGACAGGCAAGCAGGUAGCAAAGCUGAAGCACCACGGAUCAACUGUCAGGGAUUGCUCCUGGCACCCCACACGACCAGCCCUGGCGUCGGUGGGGUGGGACGGGAAGGUGGCUCUGUGGGAGAGCUUUCACGGGGAGACUCCGCCUGAGUGCAAGAAGAUGCGGCAGAUUCCCGUCACCAACCACGAGGAUAUAUUUGAUGAGUAG